AUAAAACAAUAGCCAACGACAACAAGAGUAUAUAGCGGAGUCGGCUUCAGAUGCUGGAUGUGUUACGUCUCCAAAAUUGCCAGAGGGCGCAGUUUCUGAUCGGGACACAAAACCCUCUACGGUUUUGUUGGAUUGGUAAACCUGUUUUAACACGAAAUUAUAUAGAAUGCAUUGUCGGAAGGGAGGCUAUUUGAGGAGCGCUCGGUGCAUCUAUCGCAUUUCUCACUGAGUUGAAGCAAAGGUUGGGCUCCAUUCUAAAGCCAACCUCUCCGCUAAAACACGGCCCAAUUUGGAGUGGGGUUGUAUCAUGCAGGAAGAAUGGAUGGUACAAAUAUUUUUUUUCUGACAUCUUUGAUACACUGAGAUUAUUAUUUGUUUUGUUUCUGCAAGAUGGAGCCGCAAAUGAUGUCCUGCUUCGUUUUCUUGGCUUUUGCGUUUUCAGAAAACGUCGGAUGUAUUAGAGGAAGGGUUGGACCUAAAGUGACCGAAAAGGUGUUCUUUGACAUCACUGUGGCAGGUCAUGAAGUUGGCCGGAUUGUGAUUGGCCUGUUUGGAGAUGUUGUUCCCCUGACUGUGAAUAACUUUGUGGCUCUUGCCACAGGGGAGAAAGGAUACGGCUACAAAGGAAGUACAUUUCACCGGGUGAUCAAGGACUUCAUGAUCCAAGGAGGUGACUUCACAGCUGGAGAUGGAAAUGGAGGUAGAAGCAUUUACGGGAACCAAUUUGCUGAUGAGAACUUCAAGCUGAAGCACAUGGGAGCAGGUUGGGUCAGCAUGGCCAACGCGGGCCCAGACACCAACGGCUCUCAGUUCUUCAUUACUGCGUCCAGGGCUCCUUGGCUGGACGGGAAGCACGUGGUGUUUGGGAAAAUCUUGGAGGGCAUGUCUGUGGUUCAUACCAUCGAGCUCCAAGACACAAAUGACCGGAACCUGCCCUACACAGAGUGUGUCAUUGUCAACAGUGGGAAGAUAGAAGUCAAAGAGCCAUUUAUUGUGGAUGUGGAGGGUUGGUAGGGUUAUCACUAUGUGUGUUACUGUAUUCAGAGAAGUAUUAUGCAGAUGUUGUUUAUGGCUCUCUAAUGUGUAUACUAACUUUUAACAAAAUGAAUAUGAUGAAUUCAGUCAUUAUGAGAAGAUGUCAUUUACAAUUAAUAUCUUAAAACCAUUGUAAUUUAGUUUCUUAACCUACACUCAUUAACUGCCAAAAUGAUCAGUAUGUCAUUUGCACUAUACACUCAGCACUUUGUCAUGCUAAGCUGAAACAACUUUUAGUUUUUUACAAUGUUGAAAGAUUACACAAAGUAUAUAAUACUUCACUUAUUUUGACAUAUCAAAUGUAAUCACAGCAGCUAUGUGUUGUGAAAUGUUGAUGAGGUUCCCAUUUGUGAACAUGUUGCAUUGUUAUGGUGAGUAAGUUUUAUUAUUUAUGAGAAAUUAAAUUGUGGGGAUUAAUCUGGAAGAUGUAGUAGCAAGCUGCAAAGUUGUUAAUAUUUAAAAAACUAUUGCACAAUUGCAUAGAAAAUUGCUAGUGAUAACUUCAGGGCAAUUCCACUUUAACCGAAUUCCACUUUGACUCAGAUAUAUCACUUUAAAAUGUAUGCCAAACAAAAACAUUGAUUUCUAAGUUUAACAAACGGGGGCGGCAGGGUAGCCUAGGGGCGGCAGGGUAGCCUAGGGGCGGCAGGGUAGCCUAGGGGCGGCAGGGUAGCCUAGGGGCGGCAGGGUAGCCUAGGGGCGGCAGGGUAGCCUAGGGGCGGCAGGGUAGCCUAGGGGCGGCAGGGUAGCCUAGGGGCGGCAGGGUAGCCUAGGGGCUAGAGCAUUGGACUAGUAACCAAAAGGUUGCAAGUUCAAAUCCCCGAGCUGACAAGGUACAAAUCUGUCGUUCUGCCCCUGAACAGGCAGUUAACCCACUGUUCCUAGGCCGUCAUUGAAAAUAAGAAUUUGUUCUUAACUGACUUGCCUAGUUAAAUAAAGGUAAAAUUUAAAAAAAAUUAAAAUAUAACUCCAUGCACAAUGACUACUUUGAACAAUUUACAUUUACUAAAAGAACUGUGCAGUUUGGUAAUAGAAUUACGGUAAAAUCUCCCUCAGUUUCUUAUGCAAACACAUUUUCCAAUAAUUAAGAUUCAAAUAGAUUCAAGUAUGCAAAAAGAAUGGGGUGUCAGUUAUGACAUGACACCUUGAGUUUGAAAUUUAUUUUGGUUAUUGAACUACAGUAGGUGAAGUGGAUUUACAUCUGGUAACAGAAUUACGGUAAUGAAAUUGCAUCAUGGAUCCUUGAUCUGUACUAUACAGAAAUGCAUAAUGAAGGAUAUGAAUAUCAUGCUCAUCAUGGUGAUGUAUCCUGAAUAGGUACACAAAGGUAAAAUAUGCAAUAUCCUCAUUUUGCUAAUUUGAGUUUUAUUCUACACACGGGCUAUUAUUGUAAUGAGCAUUUGGUUGGUACAGACCAGAGUGCAGUACAGUAUAGCACAGUAGAGUAGAAUACAGUAUAGUAGAUAUGUUCAGCACUCUUCAACAUUAUUGUGUUUUUGAUGUACUUUUUCUGGUAGAUGUUAUCCAAGACCAAUUUCCCAUAUGUUUGACCAGAAAUCAAAGUCCAACAUUUUUGGAUGGAAUAAUGUUUUUUAUAUAUAUAUGCCAUGAUUUCUCAAAAAUAUAGACUCUUAGCUUUAAUUUGACACCCAAUUUGACAUGCUCCUAUGAACUUCACAUGUUGGUGCUUUUGGAUCCUUUUAAAUGGAAAGGCCCUUUGUUAAAUAGGAAUCAUUUUAUUUUAAAAUUUUCAUCCAUAGAUAGUUGUUUGAAAUAUCUAGCAAUUCAUCAAUCUUAUCAGAAACAUUAGCUCGUCUUUCAGAGAUAUCCACAAGCAUAUCAUAUACAGUUGAACUCUGAAGUAUACAUACACUUAGGUUGGAGUCAUUAAAACUUGUUUUUUAACCACUCACUUAUAGCUUGUCAAUUAAAGAUUACAUAAAAUAUAAAAAACAAUGUUAUUUUGUAUGUGCUUGAUCCUGUGUAUUCUGAACUAUGUAACUCCUAUCUUCUGAUCAUUUCCUCAUAAUCUUCCAGAUGUAUUCUUUCCAAAUACACCAAGUUUUGGCAUGUCAGAAUCAUGUAAUUACACAUGAAUAGCAAGUUACCUUUGGAUAUGUCUAUUUAGACGGAAAUCUAUAUUUUGCCAUUACAUCUAAGAGGUUUUAAUGUUCGCCUUGGGGGAGAGACGGGGGCCAGAGCAUAAAGCACAGCCCAACACAAGUUGUAGUCUUUCAGAGACUGGAAAAAUUGUGUCUGCUUGUAUAUUUAUCAAUGAAUCCGCCGAUAGGAACACCUCUGAAAUACGUCCAAUAGAUCUAUCGAACAAGGACAACCAUAUUAACACCCACAAAAACAUAUAGUGCGAUCAGUAUAAAAAAGAGCCUUUGUGAAAUGCCACGAAGCAGGACUACAUUCCUUUUUGGGUCACUGACCUGCCUUCCUCCUGGGCAAUUACAUCUCACUGUCCUAGAAAUGCCUCAGAAAUGAUGAAAACAAGACCAGAUUCCACCAGGGGGAAAUUCCCCUUUAAGAACAAUUGGGAGGGUGGUGUUAAUUUAGUCUCUAAUGAGUCACCUAGAGGAAAUAGGCUCUGCUAAUGAUGAUACAAGGAAGAGUCAGCAGCGAAUGAGGAUCCAUCAGGGGAGGCUCCUCAGAGGAAGGGGAGGA